GACCAGGAGGAGCUGCAGCCACAGGUGAACACAGGCACAGGACCUCACACCAUGGAAAGAAAAUAUCCGCCCAUCCAGGGGAAACCGGCACAGAGGGACCAAAGGCUGCCCCAGGGUGACCCCUGGAAGUUUUUCUGCCUGGCAAUGACUCUGGUGCUGCUUCUGUUCGACCUCAUCCUAGGUGUGGUCCUGGCUGAGGUACUGCUGUUCUCCAACAAGAUGCAGGAAGACCUCAAGCAAAUGGACAUCCAAUUUGUGCAGGGUCUGGCAGAUGCUGGGCACGAGCGGGACAUCGUGUGGGGAGAGGUGUUCCGGCAAACGGAAGCUGUGCGGGCAGGCAACGAAUCCUCCUGCGAGCCCUGCCGUGAAAACUGGACGGCAUUUCAGGGCUCCUGCUAUCAAUUUUCCACACAAGAACUGAGCUGGUUCAAAGCCAAGGAUCACUGUGCAGAGAAGGGUGCUCACCUGGUCAUCAUCAACAGCCAAGCAGAGCAGAAAUUCCUGAGUCCAAAGGAAAAUAAUGGAUACUGGAUUGGCCUCAGGAAACAAUACCCAAAGGGCAUUCACAAGUGGCAAGAUGGCUCAGUCCCUACCUUCAUCAACUGGCGUGAUACCAGAUCUUCUCACUAUGACUGUGCCUUCCUGAUGGGUUCUGGCUCUUGGUCCUCUACUACGUGCUAUGCGUAUUGGUAUCAUUGGAUAUGUGAGAAGCCACAGGUCUGCUGAGAUGUCCCUUUCCUCUGUCUUCAGUCUUGGGAAAGAUUGUCUUGAUAUGUGACCUCAUAACAAUUCCCCAGCUUGGCUGCAGAAAAGGGGGUCUCCUGAAAGCCCUCUUGGUAGUGUUGUCUCCCUUUCUUUCCCUUACUUCUAAAUUUUGUUGGGGUACAUGUAAAAUAACACCAGGAUGAAACAAUGAGCAAAAUAUAUCGUGUAGGACAUUCUACAAGGCAAAUAAUCUAGUUUUGAAAAAAAAAAUGACAGAAAGGCAAAUGUCAUAUUAUUAGAUAUGAUAAAAUAAAAUAUAAAUAGAUAAAAUAAAAGAGUCUUAACUGAGAAUAAACUGAGAGUUGACGGGGGGUGG